GUCAGUAGUGCACAAGCAGAUUGAGAACCACCACAAAACAAGAAGAACAAAAACUCAUUUUAAACUUCCGGGCAUGGCGGAGAAGAAAACACCCGGUAACCUCCGCUCGCAGGAUCCCAACCAGCGGCGCGUGCUGGACAGCGCGACGCGCCAGCGCCGUUUAACCCGCCAGCUCGAGGCGCUCGAGAAAGACAAUUUCCUGGACGACCCUCACGCGAGCCUCCCGCAGCUUGUCAAGCGGCUGCCGCAGUUCGACGAGAGCAACGAAUCCGGCAAGCGGAGGAAGAAGACAAGGGGCGAUCAUUUUAAACAGAGGUUCCGCAAAAACUUCCAGACUCUUCUGGAGGAGGAGGACUUGAGUGUCAGUGAGGGUCCGAACUAUCUGACUGCAUGUGCUGAGCCCUCUAAGUUUCCUCUGCGACAUUUCUGUGCAUUGUGCGGCCUCCCAUCAAACUACACUUGUGUGUCAUGUGGAGCUCGCUACUGCUGUGUCCGAUGUUUAGGAACACACCAUGAGACCAGGUGUCUAAAGUGGACAGUAUGAUUUGUUCCUCAACUGAACUCCUAUCAAAAGUAAAACAAGCUUAUGGCUCAAAAUGCACACUUACGAGCUUAUGUUCCUCAGAAGCAUUCACAGUCAUUUGCCUGCACAAUAAACAUGUUGAGGUGUAAAUCACUAGAAGCCUUAGACCUGACUGCUAAAAUAAUAACCCGUCAUCUCUGCACUUCUUUGUACAACAAAUGGGCUGCACUUCAUUUGCGAUUUCACAUAAUUGGAUGAAACAUAAAGCAUUUGCAAAAAAUGAGGAGCUGUUGAAGUAUUGUAAUUAGAGUUAAUUCUGUGCCAAGCUUUGGCUCGUUCUUAUUAAAAUAUAGAGAAUGCCAGUGAAAAACUGCUAUUUAAGUAUUUUGGAGUAAAUGACCACAAUUGGCAGAAAGGAAAGACUUGCAUCUUAUGGUUACAAAAGUUAAAACAUGUUCUUUAAAAAGCAUAAUGCCUAUUCACGGAUUUCUUUAUCAUAAUUAAAGGAACCUGCAGCAGUUACAAUGGUUUUUGUAUAUGAAGUUUUGUAAUUUAACACAAAGUAUUGCUUUUGUAUGUAAAUAUGUGUACAUGUUUAUCUUAUUGCUAUAAAAUUGUGUUGUAUGAAACAAAUAAAUGACUAGAAGUGGUAAAAAUGUGCUUGCUUUAUGAUCUGUUUUGCAAGAAGAGAGGUAUUUUUAAGACUUUGCACUUGAAAAUGCCACUGAUGGAUUUAAGGUAAAAGCAUCAAAAUACAUGUAUAAACCAUCCAUAUUUCUGAUAUUAAAAUAAUUAUGAGCUGGAAAUAUUUUCACACUUAAAAAUACCCUUUCCCCUCAAUACUCUUCACACAUCUUUUCAUUAUGAGCACUAACAU